AUGAAGUAUCUUGUAUCUCUCGGAGCCCUCAUCGGCGCGGUCUCUGCUCAGGCCGGCCCCUGGGCGCAGUGCGGUGGAUCUGGCUGGACGGGUGCCACGACCUGUGUAUCGGGGUACAUCUGCAUUAUUUCAAACCAAUGGUACAGCCAGUGUCUCCCCGGCUCCGCCACGCCCUCGGCUUCGACGACGCUGGUCACGGCUUCGACGACGCUGGUCACGAAGACGACUUCCACCGCCAGUCCCACCGCUACAUCGACUCCUCCCCCUGUCAACUCUCUCGGCUGGAAGUGGUUCGGUGUUAACGAGGCCGGCGGCGAGUUUGGAGAGAAGACGCUCCCUGGUACCUGGGGCACGGAUUUCAUCUUCCCCGAUCCGUCUACUAUCACGACCCUUCGCGGCCAGGGCUAUAACACCUUCCGCGUACAGUUCAAGAUGGAGCGCAUGACUCCCAAUUCCCUGACGGCCGGCUUCAACACCGCAUACCUGCAAAACCUCACAAACGUCAUCAACCACAUUACCUCGAGCGGAGGCUGGGCUAUCCUGGACCCCCACAACUACGGCCGCUUCUACGACAACAUCAUCACCGACACAGGUGCCUUCCAGACGUGGUGGAAGAGCUUUGCUACUCAGUUUAAGAGUAACGAUCACGUCAUCUUUGACACGAACAACGAGUAUAACACCAUGGACCAAACCUUGGUCCUCAACCUGAACCAGGCCGCCAUUGACGGUAUCCGCGCCGCAGGGGCAACCCAGUACAUCUUUGUCGAAGGAAACCAGUGGUCCGGCGCCUGGUCGUGGCUCACGGUCAACGACAACAUGAAGGCCCUCACGGACCCGCAGAACAAGAUCGUCUACGAAAUGCACCAGUACCUCGACUCGGACAGCUCCGGCACCUCCACGGCGUGUGUAUCGACGACGAUUGGUGUCGAGAGGGUCACCGCGGCCACGAAUUGGCUGCGCCAGAAUGGCAAGAUUGGCUUCUUGGGCGAGUUCGCCGGCGGCGCCAACAGCCAGUGCCAGACUGCCGUCAAGGGCAUGCUCGACUACCUCAAGGCCAACUCGGACGUGUGGACUGGGGCAGCAUGGUGGGCCGCCGGGCCAUGGUGGAAUAAUUACAUCUACGGCUUUGAGCCCCCGUCCGGCACGGGCUACACCUAUUACAACUCCCUGCUCAAGGGGUAUGCUGCGUAA